UUCGGGAGCCAUUGAACUCAACACAGCAGAUUAUUUCCGUGUUGGCCGGGCUACCUAUGUAGAGCCGUUGCACUUGUGGGAGGGGUCGUCACUUGCUUCGGACUUCACUACUAACUUCUCCUUCGUUGUGGACACUCUUAACAAAAGCAGCUUUGCUGAUGGGUUUGCCUUCUUCCUCGCUCCGGUCCACUAUCCCAUUCCACCAAACUCCGGCGGUUGUGAUCUAGGCUUGUUCAACACCACCACUCGUUUUGCAGCCUCCCAAAACCAGCUUGUGGUGGUUGAGUUCGACACUUUGUCCAACCCCUGGGAUCCACAGGGGCCGCACAUUGGGAUCAACGACAAGACCAUCGCCUCAGAUGUUCAUGCCAGCUGGGAUCCUGUCCUCCACAGUGGGAAAGAUUGUCAUGCACGGAUAACAUACAAUGCUACCACCAACCACCUCAUUUUGUCUUGGACAUACGAAAAAAGUUUGGCGCCGAAUGAUUCUUCCCUUUCCGUUACUAUUGACCUGAGAAGGUCUCUCCCGGAGUGGGUUACAAUUGGAUUUUCAUCUGCUACAGGCCUUGUUUUUGAGCGGCACGUUAUAAGUUCAUGGGAAUUCAGUAGUUCAGAGUUGAACUCCGAUGUGAGCCAAAGGAAGAAUAAAAAGGAGAGGAGGAUAGUCUUGAAGAUUGUGGUCGCUGCAGCAGCAGCAGUUCUUUUCUUGAUUUUGAUGCUUUAUGUGGCCUACCGGUGGGUCGUACUGCAGCGGAUAAAGAGGACUCGUGGAGAUAGAAUUGAGUCGAAUGAAUCCUCCAGUGUUGCAUUGUCCUCCAUAAAUCCAAGACAAUUUACUUAUCAAGAACUGGUUGCAGCCACCAAUGGCUUCGCAAACGAUAGAAGGCUAGGCCAGGGAGGAUCAGGACAAGUUUAUAAAGGGAUCAUUCAAGAUCUAGGAUGUGUAGCUGCUGUGAAGAGAAUCUUUGCACAAUCCGACAAGCACCAUGAGAAGAUCUUCAUCAACGAAGUCAAAAUCAUAAGCCGCAUUAUACAUAAAAACUUGGUGCACUUCGUUGGAUGGUGUCAUGCGCAAGGCGAAUGCAUGCUUGUUUAUGAAUACAUGCCUAACAGUAGCCUUGACACGCAUCUAUUUGGCUCUAGAGCAACCUUGCAAUGGGAGUUUAGGUAUAGAAUAGCUUUAGGCUUGGCCUCGGCGCUUCAUUAUCUACACGAGGAUGCAGAGCAGUGUGUCCUUCAUAGGGAUAUCAAAUCAGCUAAUGUUCUGCUGGACAACGAUUUCAACACUAAACUUGGUGAUUUUGGGAUUGCUAAGCUCGUGGAUCCGCGGCUACGGUCUCAGACUACAGGGGUAGUCGGGACUUUUGGAUACAUGGCUCCAGAAUAUGUUAUUCAAGGGAGGGCAAGCAAAGAAUCAGACAUGUUUAGCUUCGGAGUUGUGGCCUUGGAAAUUGCUUGUGGAAGGAGGACUUACCAUGAUGGAGAAUUUCACUUACCACUUUAUAGAUGGGUUUGGCAUUUGUACCUAGCAGAAAAUUUACUGGAUGCAGCUGAUGAGAGAUUGGGUGUAGAUUUUGAUCAAAAUGAAAUGGAGUGCUUGUUAAUUGUUGGAUUAUGGUGCACUCACCCCAACAGCAAAGAAAGGCCAAAAGCAGGACACGUGAUUAAGGUUCUCCGACUUGAGGCACCAUUGCCAAAUCUUCCACAUAUCAUGCCUGAUUACCCAAUGCCUCAACCUCAGCAACAAGUUCAAUCUGGUUCCUCUCAGCCUCAGUUGUCACUAACUUCUAGUUUCAACUCUGUAGGUCGUUAA